GGACUCAAACCGUUAGGUCAGAUGGUUAGCAGCAAACUUCCCAUUGCGGACAUUAAACAGCGAUUUGGGUGAGUUUUCCAUCAUUUUAUGUUUCAUGUAAUAGUUUUUAGCUGCAGCCUACUACAGGUUUUUCUUCAUACUGAUAUCAAAGACAGCUUUGAGCCUCCGCAUACCAGAAAGUACUACUGUUGUUUGCAUGAGUUAACGUUCGUGUUAAACUGAGUGAACCUAAUGUCCGUGCCAACUGACACUGAGUCGGAGGGCAUUAAAAGUCACACCAGUGCAUGAGUAAUGAGCUGACAAGUCUAGUCCACAGCCAUGUUUGUCUGUCUUUGGGACACUUUACAGGAUGAGUGCUGGACAGGCGAGCGAGGGUGCCGGCUGCGUCACCUGGUGGGGCUUUAGUCCCGCGCGCGACCUUCUGAAAACCGGUGAGAACUUUUUUUGGCACAUGAGCGCGCACAUGGUGCCGCAUGUAUGCGACAAAUCGCCUGUGUGAAAAUGGAAAUUAUUGACUUAGCUGAAUUUUGUCAUGCUGGGUUUUAGUGUGGCACGGCAGAAGUAAUCUACUUUAGCUGUGUAUUUGUAAGAGACAACACCACUUAGAGAAAUAACGACCAACCUCUAGCAAUUCUAUCAUCAAGUAUAAAACAUGAAACAAGUUGUAGGGAAGACCGGGGCUUGUUGUCACAUGGGUAAGUUUUCACAUUGCAUUUAUCUUUGCAAUGAAGGCACAACUAAAAAGUGGAAUACUAGUUUUCUUCCUUUACAUGGUCAGGGGUCGUGUCCUGUCUGAGAUGAGAAGAGAAGAGCAAAUUGUGAGCUGAGAUAAGAACCAGUAGACCAUUUUGCACAACCCAAAGUUAAAAAAAAAACUAUAUAUAUAUAUUUUUUUAUUUUUAUUUUUUUAUUUUAUUAAAUAAGCUUCUUCCAGAUAAAAAUCAUAGCUGUGAUACACAUGGACUUCUUAGAGGAGAGACUAAGGCAUCCUGUCAUACCUCAGUCAUUGUUCUAUUUUAAGCUAACUUUAAUCCAGAGCUAGAAUUAGCAAAUAUGAUAGUUUGGGGCAACAUGUCUCAGUCAUUUUGGGGUUAGUUGUCACAUGUUUAAAAGAGAUUCAAAUUAACAUAGAGAGUCUGCUUAUCAGCAGUUUGACUUUAUUUUUAGACAUGGUCAGGAAUUACACAAGAAAAACUGAACAUGGUAGUGCAGUACCUGACGUGUUGCUGAGGACAGUCAGACAGGUGACCCUAUCUAAUAAAUCAAUCUGGAGUACAAUAAAGGACUUUCAUGUCAACUACCAAACCUUAGCUUGGUACUGCAAAACAUUCACCCCAGCCAAAAUACAGUCAGACAGCUCUCCAAACUCCAGAGCAUGUUGCAUAAUAUUUUGUGUUAACGUUUAUUAGUGGCUAUGUUAAACGACUUUUUCCAGCUCAAUGAUAAAUAUUAUUUGUGCCUGACUUUGACAUUCACUUUUAUGUAAAAAAUGAGAACAACAAUAAUUUUGUCCUUGUUUUAUUAGCUGCAAAAUCCACAGUGACAUCUUGUAGUAAGACAACUUACCCGAUGGUGGGGCAACAUGUCACAUAAUCACACUCUCUGUUUGAUUGCUUAUAACUCUGCACUGACACAAGAUAUGAAAAUGACAGGAAUAAGAAAUAUAUACCUGAGACUUUGGUCUUUCAUCUAGUAUACAUUUUGUUUAUAUAUGAUGUAUUGAUUGCAAGAAAUAUACAAGAGUGUAAAAAGUGUGACAAGAAGCCCCAUACUCCCCUGAAUACUGUUCUGAAUGUGUGGCUUUACUUGUAAUGAACCAUAUUUGACAUGGUAUUGUUGGCAUAAACUUUAUUGUUGUGUUUGAUAUUUUAUAACUGUAACUAGACAAAUAGGUUAAAUGUCUGAGCAAGUGAGGACACAAAACUUCACUUUGCUUUCCUCUAAACAGCCUUGUCAUGGGCUUUUAAUGCAAUUUUUUUUACUUUUAAUCAUACAUACUGUGCAUUUUAUACUCUUCAAAUUACAAUUGAAACUUGUGAUUGAUAGGACAUUUAUAUAUACAAUUAAAGGAUAAGUAAACCAACAAAUGACCAUACAUUUAAUGUUUUCUAUAACACUGCCAGGUGCCAGUUUAGCUUAGUGGUUAACUUACACACCCCCAGUCUCCCAAGUAGAGUACCAGGCAGCCUAGAUUUGACUCCAGUCUUAAACAGCCUUGAACUUCCAACUUAAAGAAGAAGGGCUAAGAGCUUUGUAUGUUGUUUUCAAUUGCUCUUUUACCAGUAUGAAUUCUCUCUGUGUGUCUAGGUCCUGUUAGACCCGAACAAGCAGCCAAUGUUUUACUGGUUGGCAGUGGGGAUCCUCGGCAUAUUCUGAAAACCAUAGCUGGAUUGCAGAAUGAAGAAAGCCUUCAUGUAAGUCUCAGUCUCUUAGGUUUUUUGGUCAUUUGUCUUUUGAAGACAAAGUUUUUUGCUCCACUAUAAGCUACUAAAGUUUUUUCUUUACUAUACUAUAGGUGUGGGUAGUAGAGGACAGCAUGGAGGUGGUGGCUAGGCAGCUGCUGCUUCUCUACCUGGCUCUGAUUCCCCAAGAAAGCAUGGGAAAUAAUGGUGACUUGGGUUUUGUUUGAUUCUUUUAUUUAACUUUAGUGAGAUUUAAAGUCUUUUUUUUCCAAGUGUGUCCUGGUCAAGAUAUGCAACAGCAGUUUAAUAAUUUACAGUACCAAUAUUCAAUAAAGAUAUUAAGAAAACUAGAAGUAUCAUAUGUAUUGUAAUAUAUUUAUGCUAAUUUACCAUGUUUUUACUGCCCUCAGAGAAAACAGAGAUUUUCCUGGAGGUGUUUGGGAACAGUGAGAUCCGUUGUCAGACAGAUGAGGCUCUGAAGAGUGUUGCAUCACAGCUCUCUUUAGGUGUCACUGAGACAUUAGAGAAAGCAGCACACCCAUGUCUGAACACAACUCUUCUUAAGGUACAACUCUAAAUGACAGAGGUUUACAGAUUCAGGGAAAAUGGACUUAUGUCAGACUCUCUGAAUAUUUCUACAGUUUAAAGAGAGAGAUGAACUUGCCAGAAUAUUCAAGUCAUGGACCCAGCCUCAGUCUUCUACUCCCAUCUUAAUGUCUAAAGCCUGGGAUUAUCGGGUCAGGCAGCACCUCGGAACCCGCUAUGACUCUAAGAAAGGCAGCUUCGACUGGGACCUUUCGAUGAAACUGCACGAAAAAGGGGUAUUUUAAUAUUUAUCGUUAUUUCUUUUUUGUGGAUUAAACUAUGAUAGAUUUUCAACAGAUCAGAGUAAUUUUUAGGCCUGUAAUUUUCUACUCUUUAUUUGCAGUGUGGCAUCAUCAACAAACAACAAUACAUGCAAUGGAGGGAGCGAGGUGUAGCGUUUGAAAUGAGAGAGGGUGUUUACCAAAUGACCAAUCCAAGUUUGCUGUCCUCAAGAGUAUUUAGGCAGGUACGUGCCUGAUUUUAUCCACCAUACUAUAAUGAGACAACAAGGAAAUGUUUAAAUUUGUCUUUGUGUGCAUUUGUAUGCAUGUGUUUGGACAGAAAGGGGACAAAGUGGCUGUCAGGGGUUACUGGGGAGACAUUGUUUCCAGUCCCUACCUCUCCUUCGGCAUUGAAACUGAUGACAAAGACUUACUAAAGACUCAGAAUGGGCAACAUACCAAGGUAAAGUUUACAGCAAUUAUUGCAUAGUGCAUAGUUGCAUUUUUUUUUAAAUCCCUUUUAUUAUAUACGAGUACUAAGGUAUGCUUAAAAUUGGAACCAUUCCUGUUUUUCUGCUCCUCUUUCACACUCUCAGACUGCUCAGGAUGUCUCCUUUGCAAAUGUUAGUACAUUGUUCCAGUCCCUGUCCAGCAGACGGGGCCACCCCACUUUUUCUCCUUCAGAUGCAGAGGCAGAAGAGCCAUCCACUCAGAGUGACCAAAAAUCUGUCAGCAUUAAGGGUAAAUGGUCAUUGACUUUGGCAGGCCUGUAGGUUCAGCUGAUUGAACAGGAAUAGCAGUUUAUGUAAGAGCAAAGCCAUUAAACUCAGAGUUUAAGAGGUUGAGACUCAGGUGAAAGACUGAGUUUGAUUAAAAUGCAUCAAUUUUUUUGCAGUGUGUUAAAAAACUAUCAAUAUUCUGAAACUUUCCACAGACCUGAUGCAUCUGAAAGGGAUCUCGGUUACCUUUCUGCCAAUGGACUCUCUUCAAAAACUGCCCCAAAAACAAAAAUAUUCCCAUUUCUUCAACCGCAUCUACUUCUCUGCCAGGUGAGGGAGAUUUCUACAUUUUUUCUACGAUUACAUUAGAGAUCAUUUUAAAAUAAGAGACCAAUUAGUGUUUGCCUAAAUGUAAAUAUAGUAACUUAACCAAAUUUCCCGUGAACUUGGCUGCAGACUACUGAGAUCAUGUUUUAUCUCUGUUCUUGUUUCCUUCUAUGUAAAUGCUGUAAAGCUUAGUGCACCAGUUGGGCCCAACAUUGAGACAGAUUGCUGCACCAGACGCUGUGCUCGUCGUGGAGUUGGCCAAGUGAGGGUUUUUAUAGUAACAGAGCUUGUUACCAUGGUGAUUGAACAGUCACUAAGAGUACAGUGACUGUGCUGUGUUUUUUAUUUAUUUAUUUAUUUAUUUUUUGUGCAUCUGAAUUUUUGGGUCUCUUAGAUAUUCCACAUAUAAUCCCAACAAGAUAGAUAAUAGCUGUGGUUGCAAAGUUUAAAGACAAGCUGCAUGUGUGUAUGUGUGUGUCAUUGUGUCUCUUAGGUACAUUCUGGACCUGAACAAAAAGCAAGAGGCAGGCUUUGCAGAGAAAGUCAGUAGUAUCGCUCUCAAGGCUGAAUUUGAGCCUUGGCAGGAAGGAAAGAGUGAUGACGUCCAUGCUGUCUUUGUACCACAGAAGAAGUAAAAGGUGUUUUUUUUUGUUUUGUUUUUUCUCAAUAUAAUUUUCCUUUAUAGGAAAGUUUUCAAGCCAGUGUUGAGUACCUGUUAGUGGCCUCAGACAGACUUUAUUUUUAGAGUUUGUUAAUUGUUUUGUUGACAUUAAAUGAUUUAGAUAAUAACAUUUCAAGCUUGUGAACACAGGCCUUUUAUUAAUUUAAACUGUAGUUGGGGUACUUAAAUAAAUGCCACACAUUGAUUUUUCUGUUUUGACACGUUCAACACUGCAAAAAAAAAGUUGUCAUCUUGCUCUGAACUAGUGCGCGAUCUUAUUGUUUCUCCAUGUGAGUUCAUUUCCAACGUCCUCCAACCUUCCCUUUUCCAUGGACCUUUUUGCUGCAUUUAAACAAGAACAAACACACGAGUUAACACACAACUCAUCAUUUACAAAUAACUUGUAACUGUGGCUGAUGAAGGACUUAAAUGUGUGUGAAUGACAUAUGUGUAAGGGGGUAAUUUCCUGUGUUUUUUACAUGCCAUUCAUUUGUGUUUAGUUUGCAAAGCGGCUAUUUUAAUUGCCCUGUUUUCCGCUCGCGUUUGCGUAGGAGAUGUGUUAUGGUAGAUUUAGAAGAGCAGAUUGACUCACAAUUUCUGGGCAUGUUGGAUUCUGUUCAGGAGAACAUUGAUCUGAAAAUUGAACACAUUUUGACGUCACUCAUAAGCCUUUUUUCAACAAAAAAAAAAACACAUGGCAUUGUGUUGUUGAAGCCAAAUGACUCACUUCAUACUUCUGCCUUCUCAUCUUCUCUGUCAGAUCAAAUUUCUCUGACUCCAGCUGGUAGAUCCAUUCCCACAUCUCCUUGGCUCUCUCUCUAAAACACAUCAGUAGUAAUAACCCGUCACAACAGAAUUUAAAUACCUGAUAACAAUGUUUACAACAGCUGCUGGUUUGUUAAAUGGUUGUGAAUUAACCUAAGGCCAUCUUCUCGCAGAUCUUCAAUAGCCAGCGGUUUGCGUCUCUCCGCCAGGGUCUUCUUCUUGAUCUCUCUUGCAGUUUGCUUUUUGCCUCUCCUCUGCUCCACCUGCAGGGAAAAAAAAAACAAAGACAUCUCAGUUUACAAGAGGACAUAUUCUUGCUAUUUGAUUUGAACUGUCUCAUAGAUGGCAAAAGAAUAUAUUCAAGCUGUAGAGACUGACAAAAAGUGCAAAUAUUUUUCUGUGACCUUUGCCAGGAACCCUCCAAAAUGAGCCCCCAUGUUGGAGAGCACCUUCUUCUUCUUUGCCUCGUCAUCUGCUCUCUUCUUGGCCUCCUCGUCUUCUUUCCUCUGCCUCUCCUCCUGUAGUUGGGAUUUUUAGUUGAUUACCAACUUAAAUUGCUCUUUUAACAUGUGGAGGGUAAUUAUCCGACCAUAUGUUGAAUUAAACAACAUAUGUAAUACAAUGCUAGACUUUAAUUACAGCAAUUCGGGUCUGUCUGUCCCGUUCCUUUUCAGCCCUCACACGCUGCUGCUCGGCACGCUCUGCCCGGCGGCUCUCCUGAAACAAGAAAACAUGCCAGCUGGCUUUUAAUUUGGUCGUGUAUGGCUGGUGUAACUCUCUUUUAGGCAAAUACUAGGGUAAAGUAAAGAAACAGGGUUUUACAAUCCUGUCUUUGAGUCCAAUCAGCUCCUGCUCCUCUUUCUUCCUCUGCUCAAAGUGUACAUCAAUCAGAGUUUGCAGCUCCAGGAGAUCCUUCUCCAUCCUUUUUCUGUGAAUAUCCUGACAGGCAGAGGCAAAAAGACUGAUCAAGAUUAAUUCAGCGCUUUCAUUUGUUUCUGUGAUCAUUUAAUAAUUUUAUUUACACUGAUCUAAACAUACAUCAAAAUCCACUCUCUCCCCCUCUGGGAUUUUAGGGGCAGCAAGCUGAGUGACUGGUCUGUAAAAGAAAUAAAGACACAUUCAUAUCUGUGUUUUUGUUUCUUUAUAUUUGAUAUGUCUGAUUACUUUCAUUAUAUUUGCAAUGCACCUCCUGUUUCAAUCUGACCAAGACAAGAAUUUCCAUGCAGUCUUACUUGUACUUCGGGCGUUCUUCUUCAACACGGCAGCCAGAUCCACGACAAAAAUGUAAAUCAGUUCAUUUUGUGUAUUCAAACAAAGAAAAAUAACAAUUUUAAGUUCAAAUGAGCUAAGUGGAAUAAAGCAAAUCUGGUUUAGAAACCCUAAAAACACAACAACGUGUUAAUCUAUCUAUUUAACCUCUGUUUGUUUUAAUGAUGUCAGAUGACCUUGAGUGUUGAAAAAGGAGUCUAUAAAUAAAAUGCGUUUUUAUUAUGAAA